AUGAUGCGAGCGGUGCAUCAAGCCGGCUGGGGCGGCCGCGAGCGACUGUCGGUGCGAGACCUUCCUCGACCCGUGCCGGACGUCGGUAGCGUCUUGGUGCGAGUGAUGGCGGUGUCGAUCCACGCCGGCGAUCAUCACAUGUUGUCGGGACGUCCGUAUGUUAUUCGAUUGCUCGGGCGGCGGGACGUGCCCGGCAUGGAUUUCGCGGGCGUCGUGGAGACGGUCGGCGGUCCCGCCGUCGGCGGCGGUGGCGACGCAGACACCGUCCUCGCGCCAGGCGAUCACGUUCUGGGCACGGCUGACGUUCGAUGCGGCGCGUUCGCGGAGUUCGUGUGCGUCCCGUUGGGAAACGUCGUGCUAAAGCCGGCGAACGUCACGUGGGAAGAAGCCGCGGCGAUUCCCACCUCGGCGGAGACGGCGUUGCAGGCUUUGCGCUCGGGUGGCAUCGGCAACUCCGAAAAGGUUAAGUCGGGACACAGAGUUCUGAUCAAUGGCGGGUCCGGCGGCGUCGGCUCGUUCGCGGUGCAGCUCGCGAAACAUUUCGGUGCGCGCGUCACGGCGGUUUGCUCCACUCGGAACGUCGAGCUCGUGUCGUCUUUGGGCGCUGAUGAGGUGAUAGACUACACCGAAGAGACGAUUGAAGGCUACUCCAAGGCGCACGGAAACGUCAAGUACGACACAAUCAUCGACGCCGUCGGUCGGUACUCGUGGCGGCGUUUACUCGCCCCUUCCGGCGUGCUUGUCGCCGUUUCGCUUCCCGAUCCAGAGACGGAGUGUGUCCCGUGCGGUUUGUGCCACGUCGCGUGCUUCUCGUCCUUCUGCUGCUGCUGUCUUUUCUCGAGAAAGUCCAAGCCGUUCAUGCAGACGGUGUCUGCGCACGACUUGAGUUUCUUGGCAAAUUUGGUGCGCGACGGGAAAAUACGACCGGUGAUCGGUCUCAAACUCGAGGGCCUCGACGCGAUUCCAGACGCCCUCGCCAAUCACUUUGAUGCGUCGAACUCGUUCGGACGCGGACACCGCGUCGGUAAGACGGUCGUCAGUCUCUCAAAGGCACACGCGACCUCACCUUGA